AUUUCUAUCCUAGACAAAAUAGCGCCCGUUUAAGUUAGGUUUUUAAAUAAACAAAAAAACCCAUACCGCAGAGGCAUUCUUCCCUGCCGCACCCUUACCGCUAUCAGCUGCUACUGCAUCAUCAUAUAGUUGUUUUGUUGUUCUCCAUGUUGCGUAGAAACGUCCGUUUGCGGAGAGAGUAUUUGUAUAGAAAAAGCUUAGAAGGAAACGAGCGUGUUCUUUAUGAGAAGAAGCGCAAAGUCAGAGAAGCUCUUCAAGAUGGUAAACCUAUACCAACUGAGCUUAGAAACGAGGAGGUUGCACUUCGUAGUCAAAUUGAUCUGGAAGAUGUAAACACAGCUGUUCCAACAACACACAUUGAUGACGAGUAUGCAUUUGCUGAUGAGAAAGAUCCUAAAAUUAUGCUCACCACAUCAAGGGAUCCAAGCGCUCCUCUUAAAAAGUUUGUAAAGGAGUUGAGUACUGUCUUUCCCAAUGCUCAAAGAAUAAACCGUGGCGGUCAGGUUAUUUCAGAUAUUAUAGAUGCUUGCAGAUCGCACGACUAUACAGAUGUAAUCUUGGUUCAUGAACAUCGUGGCGUGCCGGCUGGUUUAACUGUUUACCAUCUACCAUUUGGCCCAACUGCAUGUUUUAGUUUACUCAAUGUGGUUACAAGACAUGAAAUUAAAGAUAAAAAAGGUCUUGGAACCAUGCCGGAAGCUUAUCCACAUAUUAUACUUAAUAAUUUCUCAACUAAGUUAGGUGAAAGGACUUCCAAUAUUCUAAAGCAUCUGUUUCCGGUGCCAAAACCUGAUGCAGAGCGUAUUGUCUCUUUUUCCAACAAUUCGGACUAUAUCGAGUUCAGGCAUCAUAUAUAUAACAAACGUGCAGGUCCUAACUCUGUAGAAAUGAAGGAAAUUGGUCCACGGUUUGAUUUGCGACUAUAUCAGAUAAAAUUAAAAUUGGGAACAGUGGAUCAAGCUGAAGCUCAAAUAGAAUGGGUCUUCAAACCAUACAUGAACACUACCAAGAGGCGGAAGUUUCUCUGAAAAUUUUGGAUGAAAUUUAAUAUAUAUACAUAUAUUUUAAUUUACUUUUUUAUUCAUUUACGUGUUAUGUCAUUUACUCAUGUAUUAAACAUACUAAGUGCAUUUAAUGAAGCGAUUUUUCAAGUUGACGAAGUGGUUCAUAGGAUAAAACUUUUGUCGUGGUUAUGGAACUUGGUAGGAAUUUCGGGAAACGUGUAUUGUAAUUAUACUCUUUGGUGCAAUCGGCCUAUCGACUUUCUUAACUGUUGACUUUGUAUGUGUCGGGAGAGUAUUUUUUAUACUCAUCCGUCUAUAUUGAAUCUCAUUGCUUAUAUAAAAAAUAAAAAACAUACUAAGUGCAUCGAGUGUAUAUCUAUUUAUUUUUUUAACAAAUUAUUUUAUAUUUUGAAUAAAAUUAUUAACAAUCUUUUAAUAUAGUUUUUGGUUGUUAUUGUUUCAAAUAAGUAUAUAUUAAUUGGUAAAUUCUUUGGUUUUAGGUAAAACUCAACUUGUACAAAAUGAGGUGUCAUCACAUUUUGUCCUAUACAUACACGAUAGCUAGGGCAGUAUUUAGGGUUAUGGAAAUGAAUUUAUAUGAAAAAUAGCAUAUGUUAAUGUUUAUUUUGGGAUUUUAUUUCUUUAUUUUUCAAAUUUAGUAUGUUCAUAUGGAUUAAAAUGUAAGAUGUUUUAAACUUUUAUCAUUGAAUAAGUAUUUUUUAUAAAGAAUUUAUAUGGAUUAAAAUGUAAGAUGUUUUAAAUUUUCAUCAUUGAAUAAGUAUUUUUUAUAAAGAAUUUAUUAAAGAGACGCGCUUGAGGCUUGAGAUUUUGAAGAAGUUCGAAAUGGAGCACUGUAAUAAGGCAUGACAAUUCUUAACACAAUUUAACAUCACAAUACACAAUUCAUGGAUUAAUCAAGCAUGCAAUAGAUACUUCUAUUUCUAACCCCAAUAUCAUGCAUUUUCCCCAAU